GUGACGGCAGAGGGGAGGCCUCGCAGCAUCAAGCUCCGUCUAAACUUCACCGCUCCGCAUUUACACUCAGAUCUCCUCCCGUGUUACCAUGGAGCCAUCGGGAAGCACGGCCAGCAACCACACCCUGAACUCAACAGGUUCCCCCUGGGAGGUCAGCGACGAGGCCAGACUGCGUCGCUUCCUCUGCUACGGAUCGGAGAUAGACGUCUACACCACCAGAAAGGAGGGCCGUUUCAGCAUGGAAAACGCCGGAGCCCUGCUGUCCUUGCUCCAGGAGGGCCGGGGAGUGGAGGUGGUGGAGGAGAUAAAGAAGUUCACUCAGGACGGACAAGCCGUCAGACUGGGGCCCUCCCUUUUCGCCUUGGCUCUGUGCUCCCAGCACUCGGAGCUGAAGACGAGGCAGGCGGCCUUCAAAGCCCUGAAGGAGGUCUGUCGCGACCCCGCCCAUCUGUUUUCCUUCAUCCAGUACAAAAAAGAACUGAAAGAGGGCAUGAAAUGUGGGAUUUGGGGCCGGGCCCUGAGAAAGGCCGUGUCUGACUGGUACAACGAACAGGACGCCAUGAGCCUGGCUGCUGCCGUGACCACAUGUAAACAGAGAGAGGGCUGGUCGCACCAGGACCUGCUCAGGCUCGCCCACACCAAGCCGUCCAGAGAUGCUGUCGCCUUGGUCAGCAAGUAUGUGACAAAAGGAUGGAAGGAGGUCCAGGCUGCUUAUGCAGACAAAGAGAACUCGGAGGAGGUUGCCAAAGUGCUUGCAUACCUCCAGGUGGUGGAGAAAGUCAAACACAGUUGUGACGAGACGGAGGUCAUCACUUUAAUAGAGGAGCACAAGCUGGAGAGGGAGCAGCUGCUGACGGAUCAUCUCAAGUCCAAACAGGUAUGGAAAGCCUUGCUGAAGGAAAUGCCUCUCCAUUCAAUGCUAAAGAUGCUGGGAAAGAUGACAUCGAGUAAAAUUCUUGAACCCCGGAAUUCAGAAACACAAACUAUAUGUGAAAGAAUUCAGAGUGAAUCAGUGUUGAAGAAGGCAAAGAUCCACCCCUUCACCAUACUCUUGGCCUUAGAGAACUACAAAAGAGGCCAAGGCUAUCAGGGUAAAAAAAAAUGGGAGCCAGACGACAGCGUUCUCCAAGCUCUGGAAUCGGCCUUUUACAAGAGUUUCAUGAACGUGGAGCCGGUGGGUAAACGGCUGCUGGUGGCGGUGGAUGUGAGCACCUCGCUGAGCAGCGUGGUCCCAGGAACAGCCGUCAGCACGGCCGUGGCCGCCGCAGCCGUAACCAUGAUUUUUGCCAGGACGGAGGUGGACACACAUGUGCUGGCCUUCUCCGAGGGAACGGUGGCUCCAUGCUCACUCUCUGCUCAGAUGACUCUUGCAGAAACAACUGCUGAACUGGUUAAGUUGCCAACUGGCAGCACAGACUGCACACUUCCCAUCACAUGGGCCGUGGAGAACGGGAAAUCUGUAGAUGUGUUCAUCAUUCUGACCAACAACCCAUGUUGGACGUUGACAGCGAGCCCGGUGGAGUCUCUAAAGAAACACAGAGAAGCGUCCGGCGCUGCCUCCAAGCUGGUGAUGUGUGGGCUGACGUCCACGGGCCACACCAUCGCGGACACGGAGGACCGGGGCGUGCUGAGCGUCUGCGGCCUCGACCUCGGAGCGCUGAGCGUCAUCCGCAACCUGGCCCAGGAACUCAUCUGACGAGGUGUUGGACACGUCUGGGAGUCGUGUCACGACGAUACACAAAAGAUUUGAACGAAGUAAUGGCACAUAACGGAGCGACCCGGCUCACGUGUCGAGGGGCCUAAAGGAGCACGAAUCCAAAACGUCUAGUUUAGUUUCUCCUCCUGCGUUCCAUCACCGAUGAGGUCCAUUGACAAAGUGUUCAGCGGGCUGGACACCACUCUGGAAAUGUCCUUUUUUCCUUUUUCUUUUUUUUUUUUGUAAAGCAAGUACAAAGACGGGGUGUGUAGUGAGAGUGCCUGCCAUGACGUCAGCUGUCUGUGAAGUGGACUGCUCGGUGCUCCGGAUGGUUCUUUGGAAACUCGCUCACGGAUAGGAGAUGAAAAUAAGUCAAACGGCAUGAUUCAGAACGUUAGAAGUGUAGGUUUAUUUCCUGGUUUCCUGUAGUGUCCAGCUUGUGUUUGGAGUGUGACCUAGCAGGUGUGAUGCCAAAAAGCUGGAAGCGGAUUCCUCUCAUUUAUGUAGCAUUAUUAUAAAUUAUUAACACAUUAAAGGUAUUGUGACAUCAUUUUUAACAUGCUUUUAACACUAUUAAAAGUCUUGGCCAACAUCCCUCAAAUGUGUCUAAAAGAGUGUAACAAGAAAAACUUCACUCUAGUAUUCCAUUCCUGGCUUUUUAUGACAGUGUUUUUUUGCGCCGUGAAAAACGCUUCCUUUUCCCCCUUUCCUGUCAAUCAUUGCGCUGCUCCUCCUCCAAACCUCCUCCUCCAGCCAUACGCUCACAGCGGCGUCGGAGAGUUAAGCCGGGAGCGACAGGCGAAGCAUGCACGGAAAAGCAGCAGGGCGAACCACAGCAAACAAUCAUAAAAGUAAAGGCAUGCAAGCAGCAGUGUCCCCUUAUCUUAAGUCCAGUCAGUGGCCGCGGGUCUUCUUAGCAGUUUUCCUCCGGUGAUUAGAACAAAAGAGGCUCUAAACAGCUCCGUGUUAAGCCUGAUUUAUGGUUCCGCGUUAAAUCGACGCAGAGCCUACGCCGUAGGGUUCAGCGUAUGGUGCGCGUAACCCUACGCCGUCGGUGUAACGCGGAACCAUAAAUCAGCCUUUAUGGUGCGCUGGAGAGGAGAGGAGGCAGGGAGCUGGGUGGAGGGGGCGGUGAUUUAGCGGGUCUAUAUGUAACGGCCCGCCACCAAACCACAUGGGCCGUUUUUGCAUAGUUAUGCGGAAAAUCCCAGAAAGCACACAAUACACUGAAUGUUAAAAGUUCGUUGUUUUUUGGGUGUAAUUGAUGUCAAGACACCCAACAAAACACAAAAAAUCAAGAAAAAUUUGUUUUUCAUGUCACAAUACCUUUAAAGAGACGAUAACAGUCGUUCGUUGGAGUUUGUCCUGAUAACUUGUGGUCAGAACGUGUGUGGGGUUUUAAUACUAACAUUUUUAUUUUGCCUUUGUUUCAUAUCUACUUUUUUUUGUUUGUUUUCUUACCAUUUGUUUACCCCUAAGCUUGUUUUACUUAAAUCCGUAGUGGUCUGCUCUGCUCCUGCUGUGCUUGUUCCAUAAAAGCAGACUUUUCUUGCCCCCCACGGUUUAUGGUCCAUUCUUUGGGGGGGGGGUUCUCUAAAGUUUCCUUUGGAAGCAAAAAUCAUGCCUGUCCUUUGGGACGUAAACUGAAUUGAAGUUGGGAUUUGUGAACAAAUGUUCACAUGUAUUCUACAUAUCACAACUGUGAAAUUACUGUAUUGUGUUGAAUGGCAAAUUACAGCUAUUUAACAACUGUUUACCAUGACUGAUUCUGCUAAAGUCGUGUUGUUGUAAGGAUAUUUAUGUUAUGCAAGAAAACUACCCCGUAAUUUUUAUUUUCUUGGAAUAAAACACAGUGAAUGUACUUUUGCAAUAACUUAAAUUAUGGGGAUUUGAAGUAACUGCUUUAUGUUCCUCCAUGCACAGAAUAAGUUUGCUCGGCCCAUAUUGGUUUUGCAUUAAGGCCUAAAUCAUUUUGGAGAAAUUCACAUUUAAAAAUGUGGCGGUGCUUGUCAUGAAGUCAGCAGUAACCGCUGAAAUUUGUUAUCAUUCAUUCAGGUGAAAUUCAGUCUUUCUUAAGAAAACGGACUGCAUGACGUCUGGCCAUACACGCAUGUACUUUAGUUUUUAUGUUUGAGUAAUGUUCACUCUUUUUUGGGGGGGCCAAAACUUGAAAUCAUAGUUUUUAAGCAACUGAUUAAGAAUGAGAGGUAAUGCAGCAUUUUUGGUUUUCCUGAGACUGCUGAUGUGGCCAUGAGGAAUGUUAGCAAACAUGUUUUACAUAUGGUUAAAUUCAUGUUUGAACCUUCUUCUCUGUAGUAUUUGUAGUGACAAUGUAAUCACACCACUAAUAAAACAC